AUGACGCACUCCGCGGAUCUUCAGUGGCUGUUGGUGCGCCAGAACAGCAAGUUCCUGCAGAAGCGCAAUGGCAUCCGUCUGAGCAGCGACCCCUUUAACAACAACGCGAACUGGACGAAGCGCCAGUCCGGCUUUCUGAACGCGAAGGCUGCCGUGGUGAAGACAAAGGGCGACCGCAUCAUCGUGACAUCAAAGAAUGGUGAGGCGGGCAACAAGCCUAAGCAGAUGUACAAGAAGACCGUGAUGGAUGCCGGUGUGAAGGCCUCCGUCGUGAGUAAGGCUGUCGCUGCUGUGCGCCCCGACCUCGCCGAUGUGGCAUUCCGCCGCGCCCGCAAGAUGGCAUACACAAUCAACCGCACAAAGAAGGUGAUGGCCGCACGCAAGGAACGCUCAUCAAAGAUCACGUUCCAACGCAAGGCAUCACGCCCGAAGCGCAACUGA